AUGAUGCUAGCCCAACGCUUCCGGCAGGUGCUUCACCACAUCUGCCAGUCUUCCACGGGUCUCUCGCUCUCUACUAUCACCUCUCAACCAGUCUCUAUCUCCCCACAGUCACCGCGCGGCCGCCCCGCGCGCACUGCGCCGCAGCCACGCCGUCAUCUCCGCUUAGCUGACACUGUCGGCUAUCAGCCUCUGAUACCUCACGCAAAAAUCGUCGACCCGGGGCUUGCCCGACUCACGUUCGAACAGAGACGGCUCCGCCAGCUUAUCAACAAUGAUCACACCCAAGACGUCGCCGACCUACGAAAACGUCGGAACCGCCUACUCCAUGAGAUUCGAGAACGCAGCAAGGCACUGGCCAACGAAGCCAUCAACGCCAAGUUGGAGGCCAUCGAGAACGCUCCCGGCACUGCGCAAAUGUUCGAGGCCACCAAGACCCUCUUCCGACGACGCACCCCUCUAACCUCGUGGAUAGCAGCUCGCGCCCAAAGAUACAAGGAACAAUUUCACAUCCUAGGGAUCGACCUCACGCGAGUUUUUGACACGAUCAAUCGCGACAAAUUACUCUCCGUGCUGGCUACAAUUCUCGACAACGACGAGCUCCGACUCAUACGACUCCUACUCCGCGGGACCCAACUCUCAGUCCGGCAUGGCCACCAUCUGCUCUCACCGUUUGAGAGCAAUACAGGUACACCCCAA